AUGCCUUCGUCCCGAUCGCCCACCCCGCCAUCCGCCAAUUCCCCCACUCGACCCGCCUCCCCCGCCGUCCCCGGCCCCCCAUCCUCCUCCCUCCGCCCAGUCACUCUUCUGGCUCCCCCCGCCGCGCAAUUGCCUCCCGCGGGGAAACCUCCACCCGUGCCAAACACCCUCCUCCAGUCCCUGCGCAACCUCCCCGGCCCGUCCUUCCCCAAGUCCCCCUCCCCGCCGUCCGACAACCCGUCAUGUCUCCCCGCCGACACCCAUGGCACCGCGCUUCACUUAGUUUCCGCCACCUCCACGCUCUCCCCCGCGCCGCUCCCUUCUGCUCCGCCGCCCGCCCCCCCCGCGCGCCGCAUUAGCCCGCCGCUGCCCCGCCGGGUGCGCAACAUCAGCCACGUAGCUCCGCGCGAGGGAACUGACGCAGUACAGCAACUUGUGGCACGUGAAGUACCUGACACGACACCUGACGCAGAGCCUGACGCAGCACCUGACGCGGCACCUGACACGGCACCUGACGCUGCACCUGACGCUGCACCUGACGCACCUAUGGAUGUGGAUCCGUCGCAGCAGCACGUGAGAGAGUUCCAGCCGGGGGAAGGCCGCGGUGGCGCGGACUCUGACCCCCGCGCGCGCCUCAUGCGCCCGCCAGCUCCGCCCUCCGCCAGCCGUGGCGGGGUGGAAGGCGGAUUGGCGCGAGAGCGCGUGAGACUGAUGGGCACGGUGCUGCAGGGUGCGCUUGGCGCGCACGUGGCAGGCGGUGGGGCGGAAGGCGGAGGGGCGGAAGCACAAUGGCGACCGGCGGGUGCGGACGAGGGAGUAGGGGAAUGGGGAGAGGACAACGAGGCUCGCAGGAAGCGCGCGCGGACGGAGCGGCAAGGAGGAGAGGGCGCUGCAGGGGCGGCGGGUGAGAUAGGGUUUGGCGGGGUAUGGCGCGGUGAGCAGGAUAGGGGCGGAGAUGUUAGGGGUGUUGGCGGUGGCGUGCGCGAAUGGGACUGUGUGGGGGCGGAGGGGGCGGAGGAGGCGGAGGAAGAGGGGGAAGCGGGGGGGGAGCAAGGAGAAGGGCUGGAUGACGGGGGAGCGGACAUGGGCGCGGAGGUGUUGAACGAUCCAGCUGUAGCAGGGUGGGGGGCGGCAGGGGCGGCAGGGGCGGCAGGGGAAGGGUGGGCGGCGACAGCAGAGGGCUGGGCGGCAGGGGGGGCACGUGCAGCAAGGCCAUUGGUGGGUGAGCCCGGGCGGGCGGCAGAGGGGUGGUUCCACCCGGUUGUGCAGGCGGACAUCCGGCGCCAGGCGCAGCAAGGGGGUGUUGCUGCUGGGGCUGCUGUGGGUGGCGCUGUUGGUGUAGCUGGUGCUGCGGGCGGUGGUGAGGGUGGUGGCGGCAGUGCGCCAGGCACUGGCGCAGCUGGGGCUGGGGGCGGCGGGAGGGUGGGUGCUGCAGGUGGUGAUGCGGGCACUGGUCGUGGCGGAGGGCCAAUAGGGGCAGGCGGGGCAGCAGGGGUGGCCAGGCCGCAGGCGCCAAUGGCUGGCCCCCGGCAGGUGCAGCAGCGGCUACAGCCCCUGCCGCAGCAGCAGCGCCUUGACUCUCUGCCAUCACCGCCACCCCCCCAGCAGCAGCUGAGGCAAUCGCUUGGGAUGGUGGAGAGAGGAGCAGCAGGUGGGGCAGCAGCAGCAGCAGCAGCAGCAGCAGCACCACCACCACCACCACCAGCUGUUGUUGCUGGUGGUGCGUCUGGCAGAGGCAAAGAUGGAGGCCCAGCCACUCCACCCACCGUCGCCCCCUCCUCCGCACAUCAACCACCCUUCCUCCGCCACCCUCCUCCCCACCUCCCCCACACACCAUCCGCGCCCGCCACCCUUCAACCCCCACCCCCUCCCCCCGUCCGCCCUGCUGCGACCCCCUCUCCUCCGCCCCCGCACCUCCCCUCGCCACCCCCCAUGCCUCCCCCCAGGCUCGACUCAUCAUCAGCCGCGCCUCAACCUUUGCUGUCGCUGCGGCGCUGGCUGAACCGGGCGGGCAGGGAGGUGGACCGGCUGGAGAGCCUGUUUCUGUUCGCGCAGGUGGUGGACAUGGUCGCUGCCGCCCACACGCAGGGCCACGUGGUGCGCCACGUGCGGCCGGCAUGCUUUGUCCUGUCUGCGCACCGAAGGGUGGUGUACCACCCGCCGUUCCUGCGGGCGCGAGCGGGGGGGUCGGGGGAGCGGGAGGUUGGGGAGGGGGAGGCUGGGGAAGGGGAAUUGGGGUUGGGGAGAGGUGGAGGGCAGGUGCGGCUGCGACAACAGGAGGAGGAGGGGCAGCAGCAGCAGCAGCAUGGGUGGCGGCAGGAAGAGGAGGGGGGUGCGGGCAGAGGGGCAGCAGAGGGGGCAGCAGCAUGGAGGGAGCAGCAGGCGGAGGCAUGGCAGCAGGCGAUGCUUCAGGAGGAGGAGGGGGUGAUGGCGCAGGGGCAGGCGCAGGGGCAGGGGCAGGGGCAUCUGGCACAGGCGCAAGUGGGAGGGAGGACACAGCGAGCAGCAGCAGGGCGGGGCAUGGUGGGGCAGCAGCGCCUUAACCCCAGUGCUGGAGGGGCGGGGGCAGGAGGACAAGGGGGAGGGGACAUGCAGUGGGGAGGCGGAGGAGGAGGGGAAGGUGGAGGGGCAGGGGGAGAAGGGGGGAGGGCGGAGGAGGAGGAGGCGCGGUGGUACACGUCACCGGAGGAGGCGAGGGGCGACCCUGUGGGGGCGGCGUCUGACGUGUUCAAGCUGGGUGUGCUCUUCUUUGAGCUCUUCUGCCCCUUCACCAGCGCCACAGAGAGGAGCAUGAUAAUGGGCGACCUCUGCCAUCGCAUAUUGCCGCCGCGCCUGCUCUCCCAUCGCCCCAAGGAGGCCGCCUUCUGUCUCUGGCUGCUGCACCCGCAGCCCUCUGCCCGUCCCACUGCAUCGUAA